GUUUGUUUGAUGUUUAUUCCGAGGGGUGGUGUACGUAACCCUAGUCCUAGGAUCCGCAUCUCAUGAUUCCAUGAUGAUGGAUUAUCAGAUGGGCUUGGUAUAAAGAACAUAACGACAUCACGUUGCUUUCCUUCUUCACCCUCGUCAGCGACCUUCCCUUCAUUCGUUCCUGUACAGUUCUUUUCUUGAACUCGUAAAACUUUUUUUAGCCCUGUGCUAGCCACAAUCUUUUUGUUUUCUCGUCCUUCUUUUGCUGUGCAAACCCCUUGCGAUUGCAACGAUGCGUUUCUCCCUCUCAACCAUCGCCGCUGCGGCGCUCAUCUUCGCGGCUGCUGAGGCUGCUCCCGCGGGUCGUCAUCACAGCGGCGCGCACGGUACUGGUGCAGGAUCCGCUCGCCCAACAGGCUCUUUCGGCGGCGAGGGCCAUCACCACGGUCCGGGAGGACGAAAUGGCACCGAAGGAGGCGAACCCCGGGGCAGCGGCCGUCCUCAACCUUCCGGCGGCGCGUUCCCAACUGGAGACUUCUCCGCCGCCGCCGCUCUCGCUACUGGCGCUCCGGGCGAGGGCUCAUCGCCGUCUGGCGCGCCUUUCCCGUCCGGCGAGUUCCCCAUGCCCUCAGGCGGCCAACCAUCUGGUAUGCCCUUUGGAUCUGGCUUCCCAAUGCCCUCAGGCGGUCGACCGUCUGGAAUGCCUUUCGGUUCUGGGGGUAUGCCCAUGCCAUCAGGCGGAUUCGGGGGCCACGGUCACGGUCACGGAUCCGGCAUGCCGUUUGGUUCCGGCGCCAUGCCAACACCGACGGGCGCCGCUCCGGUUAAGCGCCAAUUCCCGUCGGGAGGCGCCGAGCACUCCUUUUCCGGCUUCCCGUCGGGCUCUGGAGGCAUGCCAAUGCCGUCUGGUGGCUUUGGGGGUCAUGGCCAUGGUCACGGCCAUGGAGGCUCUGGCGCUCCGUUUGGCACCAGCAUGCCAACGCCUACGGGCGGCGCUUUCCCGUCCGAAGGCUUCCCCUCUGCAGCUGCAUCUGGCGGUUUCGGCCACGGCCACGGCCAUCACGGUGGCUCUGAGGCUCCGUUCGGAACGGACAUCCCAUCCGAUCUGCCCUUUCCCAGCGGCGGCUCUCCAUCAGGAGCGUUCCCCAGCGGCGGUGCCCCAUUUCCCACGGGCGGCUUCAGCGGCGUCCCAAGCAUGGGAGCUCCUUCAGGCGAAGUUUCUGGCCCAGUUCCUACCGAGCCUACCGCUCUCCCUACUGGUGCUGACAACUUGAGCACUGGUACGUGGAUGUCCCUCUAAUGCUCUCUCCCUCCUCGUACUCCGAGACUUUCACUAACUGUAUGCUCUUUUAGUCUCCUUCGUAUUCCCCUCCACUACUUUGACCUCCGAAAACACCCAGACCCAAGAGGACGAUGACGACGACGAUGACGACA